UCUCAGUGUUGUUUAUGAUACAGAAUUAAGGUUAAGAUCAACACGAAACGUAUCAAUUGAAAAUGGGUCCGAAAAUUCAAAAAUAUUUUUCUGGUGAAAAAUCGAAGCGAUCUGUUGUUCUUUUGAUCGACAAAGUGAAAAUACUUAAGGAUGCGGAUCAAGGAAUGUCUAUUAAUUCAAUUAUGCGGAAGUAUAACAGAAAAUCGCGUUCAACAGUUAGCACCAUCAAACGUGCUAAGGAAAACAUUUUGUCGCAAAUUGCGGAAGUGCAAGGAAAUAUUUCAAACCGGAAACGUUUCAAAAAGGCCCAGCAUCCGGAAGUAGACGAAGCCCUAUACAUCUGGUUCCUCCAAAAACGCGAAGGUAACGUUCCUGUAAACCAUGAAAUGCUAGAAGUACAGGCUCAAAAGUUUUAUUCGCAAAUGGUUGGAGAAGGUCAAUACGGAAGUCGUGGAUAUGUUGAUAAGUUUAUAAAGCGAUAUGGUAUACGCCUGCUUAAGAUAACCGGGGAGAAGCUUUUCAGUAAUAUUGGGAUUAUUGAUAAAUAUGUAGAGGAGUUCUCUAUGGAAAUGCGGAGCCUUAAUUUGAAACCGUAUCAAAUUUUCAACGCUGACGAGAGUGGCUUAUAUUUCAAAAGCCAUUUCAACGACGACGUAUGUUGACAGAAACUCGUCUAGUGCUCCUGGGACAAAAAUGAACAAAGAGCGCUUGACUUUUAUGCCGUGUGCAAACAUGGAUGGAAGUCUUAAGCUCCCACUCAUGUUGAUUGGAAAAUUCAACAGUCCCCGGGCUUUGAAAAACCUUAAGGAACUUCUUCGAACUUCGAACAAUUUGUUCCUCGUGUAACAGAGUUUUUGAGACAAUCAGGUCAUCCUGUGGGAGCCGUUCUUGUUCUGGAUAAUUGCUCGGCGCAUUACAAUGUAGAAGAACUACGAACCAGUGAUAGUGCUAUAUUUUGUAAGUUUUUGCCUCCCUACACCACCGCUGUAAUCCAGCCGAUGGAUCAGCAUGUAAUACAAAUGGUGAAAGCCCAUUAUAGAAAGAUAAUGACGAACGAAGUUCUUGGACGUGGCGAAGAUUUUCAUGAUAAUGUGAAACAUAUCAGUAUCAAAGACACGAUGUUCUGGAUUGCACAAGCAUGGGAGGGUGUGCCGGAGUCUGCGAUCCAAAAGUCCUGGAAAAUGUUGUACGUGGAGACACCAGAUGAUGAUGACGAAGAAUUGCCAUUGUCCACUUUGCAAGAAAGGCUGAGGAGCAUUGCGAUAAAAGUCAAACAGCUAAAUGUAAUUGAUGACGAAGAAGCAGAGUUUGAGAUUUUAAAGGAUGACGAAAUCGUUGAGAAAGUUCUCAAUCCGUCAGCUUAUGAUCAGUCUUACACUUCGAACCAAGAUGCUGAGAAAAUCCUUCACACUUCUUCACCACUGGAUCCAGAAGAUGGAAAUCUGAACAUAUCCGACGAAAUUGCUUUGAAUGGCGCCGAUGUGCUGGUUAGAUACGCUGAAGAGCAAGGUUGGCCCUUAAACGCGCAGUUUUCUUUGCGAAAAUUGAGACAA